AUGUGUGUGGUCAAGAAGCUUCCUCGUGGUUUUUUUGGAUGGGAUCAUGAAAUGGUUGCGGCUGGAGUAAUGGAGUAUUGGAUAAUCCGGAGGAGUUAUCGGAUACUUGGCUGUGUAUUUGUUAUGGAGGGCUUUUCAGAAUCUAAUUCCAGAGGAUUAAACACCUCUGGGGUUUCAGAGUUUUUACCAACUGAGAGAAUCACUACAGAUCGUUCUAAGUCUUUGUCUCACAUUGGUUAUGUUAGAAGCUUACUUGGUUCUUCACACAAAGAAGACAACUUGAGACUUGGUGAUGACUCUAUUGUGAGAGCCUUGGAAUGCGAAGAUGUUAGUUUGCGUAAGUGGUUAGACAAUCCACACCGAACCGUGGAUGCCUUUGAGUGUUUUCACGUUUUCAGACAAAUCGUUGAGGUUGUGAAUGCUGCUCAUUCUCAAGGCAUUGUUGUUCAUAACGUUAGGCCAUCUUGUUUCGUUAUGUCUUCGUUUAACCAUGUUUCGUUUAUUGAAUCCGCUUCUUGUUCGGAUUCCGGGUCUGACGAGGAAAUUCCCAAGGAAACAACAACAAGGUCUCAAGAGAGUGGUAGCUCGAGGAUAGAGGAGUUUCUUUCACAGAGACGAAGCAAGCAAUUGCUAGAGGAAGCAAAGAAGCAACCUUUUCCUAUGAAACAGAUCUUAGCAAUGGAGAUGAGUUGGUACACAAGUCCCGAAGAAGAUAAUGGUUCUUCUAGUACUUGUGCUUCUGAUGUUUAUCGUCUUGGUGUUCUUCUCUUUGAGCUAUUUUGCACUGUCUCCUCUAGAGACGAGAAGUCAAGAACUAUGUCUAGCUUAAGACAUCGUGUUCUUCCACCUCAGAUAUUGCUCAAUUGGCCUAAAGAAGCUUCCUUUUGCUUGUGGUUACUCCAUCCCGAGCCAAGCUAUCGACCAUCGAUGAGUGAAUUGCUACAAAGUGAGUUUAUCAAUGAACCGAGAGAGAGUUUGGAAGACCGUGAAGCUGCGAUCGAGCUAAGGGAUAGAAUCGAGGAACAGGAAUUACUGAAUGAGUUCUUGUUUCUUCUUCAACAGAGAAAGCAAGAAGCUGCAGACAAGUUGCGUGAUACGAUUUCGCUUCUUUCUUCCGACAUUGAUCAAGUCGUAAAGCGACAGCUGAGUCUGAAGCAAAAAGGGAAUGUCGUCCCUUCCUUCUUAGUCUCAAGAAAACGGAUUCGACAAGGAGUAGAGGGAGCUGCAACAGAGGAAAACAACGAGGAUAUUACCAUUGAUGAGGAGGAACCUAAGCUUGAUGAUACUCUAGAGAGCACGCUUCUUGAAAGCUCUCGGUUAAUGGCAAACUUCAAGAAACUGGAAUCAGUCUACUUUGCAACAAGAUACAGACAAAUCAAGGCUGCUGCUUCUGAAAAACCGUUGGCUAGAUAUUACUCAGCGUUGAGUAGUGAUGGUAGAAGUUCAGAGAAAAGUUCAGUAAGCAACCCUACACAACCACUCAAAGACCCCAUCAGUGAUUCUAGUAGACAAGGUGGCUGGAUCGAUCCGUUUCUAGAGGGUUUGUGCAAGUACUUAACUUUUAGUAAGCUAAGAGUGAAAGCUGAUUUGAAACAAGGAGAUCUGCUGAACUCGUCUAACCUCGUUUGCGCAAUUGGUUUUGACCGUGAUGGUGAGUUUUUCGCCACGGCUGGUGUCAACAAGAAGAUCAAGAUAUUCGAGUGCGAGUCGAUAAUAAACGAUGGCCGAGACAUUCACUACCCGGUGGUGGAACUAGCUAGCCGGUCAAAGCUAAGUGGUAUAUGUUGGAACAGUUACAUUAAGAGCCAGAUCGCAUCAAGUAACUUUGAAGGAGUGGUUCAGGUGUGGGAUGUUGCAAGAAGCCAGCUGGUUACAGAGAUGAAGGAGCACGAGAAGCGUGUAUGGUCCAUCGACAUUUCAUCAGCAGAUCCGACAUUGUUAGCAAGCGGUAGCGAUGAUGGUUCUGUUAAGCUAUGGAGUAUCAAUCAGGCAAAAAUUCUAAACCCAUUUCUCGGAUUGAGUUCUUGGAGGGAUGUGUGUAUGUUGGUGGUUGAGUUUGUUUUCUGCUCUUUUCAGGGGGUUAGUAUUGGAACCAUCAAGACAAAGGCAAAUGUGUGCUGUGUCCAAUUUCCGUCAGACUCGGGUCGGUCUUUAGCGUUUGGUUCAGCAGAUCACAAAGUUUACUACUAUGAUUUGAGACACCCCAAGCUUCCUCUUUGCACAAUGACUGGUCACAACAAGACUGUGAGUUAUGUCAGGUUUGUUGACUCAUCGACGCUCGUGUCGUCUUCCACCGAUAACACGCUGAAGCUAUGGGACUUAACCAUGUCUAACUCCGGUGUUAAUGAAACGCCUCUUCACUCAUUCAUGGGGCACACUAAUGUGAAGAACUUUGUCGGAUUAUCUGUCUCUGAUGGGUAUAUAGCAACAGGCUCGGAGACUAAUGAGGUUUAUGUGUACCACAAGGCGUUUCCAAUGCCGGUUUUGUCAUACAAUUUCAAAAACAUAGACCCUGUGUCGGGUCUCGAAGUAGACGAUGCCUCACAGUUCAUAUCGUCGGUCUGCUGGCGCGGACAGUCCUCGACCGUAGUCGCUGCAAACUCCACCGGCAACAUCAAGAUUCUGGAGAUGGUGUAA